AUGGACAUUCCUUCAAAAUGUAUUUCAUUUAGUCCCAAUUGGUUUUAUCCACAGAUUGCUUAAAUGAAUGGGGAGAUACUGUGUUAUGGAGUUAAUGACUAAGUGUUUGUUUAUAAUAGUGAAACCAAACACUUCAAAUACACAUUGCAAGGAUAAUAAAAAGUAACAAUGUUGUAUUUAAAAGAUUAAUACAUAUUUGUUGGCUAAGAGGGUGGGGUUAUUACAAUGUUUUAAUAAUAGAAAUAUUUGGGUAAGCUUGAAUUUAAUAUCGAAAUUCCUAUGAUAUUAAAGGAAGUCAAUAAUGAAUAUUUGCUUUUAGACAAUAAAGGAAUCUCAUUAGGAUUUAAAUUGAAUGAUAAAUUUGAAUUGAUUCAUUUCGCAUUGAAAUUGAUAACACAACCUCAUUGUAUUCCAAAAUGGGGAGAUGAGAAUGUUGUCAUUUACUAGAGUGGCAGGAUGUAUAGAUUUGAAUAAAAAUCUGAAUAUGAUUAUCCUUAUCAUAUAUUAUGUGUUGAUAGAUAUAAAAAUAUAUACGGAGUGUUAAAUAAAUUGCAUAAAGCAAUUAGUCUGCAUGUAUUUCAAUUAGAUUAAAUAGAUGAAUGGAAACAAACUAAUACCAUUAAUGAAAAUGAUAUCUUCAUUGAAUUAAAAUUUAUCGUCAAUGAGAAAUUGCCAACCGAAAAUCUCAAAAAAGCAUCUUUAAGCAUUAAAUUCUUAGAUGAUAAAUAGAUUUUUGUCACAUCCAAAUAAGGAGAGAUCUUCUUAAUUUAAUUAACAAAUCAAGUCAAAUCAUUAAAAUUAGAUGCAAAUGUCAUUUCUGAUAAUCACUUCUAUAAAUUACCUUAAGAAAUUCAUAUAAAGGGUAUAUAUUUAAUGAAUAACUACCAAAAUCAAUAUUAUACAGUAGGUUUAGAUAGAAGAAUAUUUUCAUUUCGUGUUGAAGAUGGACAAAUUGUCGAUUAUCACAAAUUUGUCUGUUUGGCUGGUAAAGUCAACAAAUUACAAAUAGGGAAGGAAAAGAAUUUAAUUUACUUUCAUGAUUAAACCUUAAAAUCAUUAGAUUUAACAAAAAAUAAGUAUCCUACUUACAUCAAUGAAUUUUGGAAAAUAACUGACUUCGCUAAUUUUUAUAUUAGUCCAUUUUAAGAAGGAAUUGUGUUAAUUCAAAAAGAUUAGAAGGUUGAAUUAGUUGAUAUUUACAAAGAAUAAUUACUUGACAAAUAUAAUUGUGAAGAUCCUGUCUCAAAAAUCGAGUGGCUAAAUAAAAAAUAAGUAUUACUAUUAUUAGAUUUAUUUGAUGUUGAACAAAUAUAAAAUGACUAAGUCAAUGAAUUACUUACUAAACCUCAUCAAAUUUAAGAUUAUGUUUUGAUCAUUAUGUUAACUGGUAGGAUGUAACUCAUUGAUUUGUCAACUGGGUAAGUACUGUUUAAUUUCUUGAUCUAAUAAAAGAUCAAGUUAUAACAGAUAAUUAAAAACAAACCAUUUGAUAUUGUUACAAUUAACAUGAACAGCAUAUAAUUUCUAUUUAACAAUGAUAAAUGUUAUCUAUUUUAUAUCUUUAAUGGAUAUCAUGUGUUCUAUUAUCAGAAACAUCACUUUGAUACUAAACAAAUCCAUAAUACAGAGAUAAAUUGUAUUGAUGUUAGUUUGUACAAUAACAAUAUUUACUUGCUCACUGGUUGCAAUAAUUAAACGAUAUCCAUAAAUGUUAUACAUAAUGAAAUUGUGUUAUUGGGAUAUUUAAAGCAUAGAUUUCCAAUAUAAAAAGUUCAAUAGAGAAAUGGUUUAAUAACAUCCUUAGCCAAAUGUCAUUAAUCUUUGUAAAUUUGGAAUGCCACAGAAAUCCUAUAAAGAAUGAUACCUAAUAGAUAAACUCUUGAAGGUUUAGAAAAAGCCAAUAUUCGAGGUCACAGUGGUUUUUUGUUGGAUUUUGUGUAUUUCACUAAUAAUUUGGUUAUUACAAGUACAAUUAUUGUAAUAAUUUUAGGUUCUGAAGAUCAAACUAUUAAAGUAUUUGACAUCGAUCAAAUUUAAAACAAAAUGCCACCAAAUAAAAAGAAAAGCAAAAAAAAAGUGAAAUUAGACAAUCAAUAAUAAGAUUGA